UCACAGGCCUCCUUCUCUUUCUUUCCCUCUCUCGCUCGCUCGAGCUUUUAGCCUUUGAUUUUUAUUUUCGGGUAACCUCUCUCGAAAACUAUUUGUAUCUCAGAGAGAAAGAGAUAAAGAGAUUAGAGAGAUUAGAGAGAGAGAUCCAAAUCCAGAAGCAAUCUUCUUCGUUUGCUUUUUUUGUUUCUUCUUCUUCUUUCGUGUGAAGAUUGGUAUCCCUUUUCUCCGCCAAACUCCCGCCGCCGAUCCACUCCCUUGUAUGUACGUUUUAUCUUCUUCGGAAGGAACCUAGAACUUGUCCCUGUCCCUUUGAAGAACGUGAUCCUGUCUCUUCAAGGGUAGUGAAGCGUUUCUUGUUAUUGUGGAAGUCGAAGAGAGAGAGAGAGAUAGAGAGAGAUGAAGAGAGUUAGAGAAGAGGUUUACGUUGAAGCUCAGACACGAGGACAAACAAAUGGUAGGGCUUUAACGAUAGGUGGAGGAGGAGGAAACAUGGGAGGGCUAACAACGAAUGAUGCCCUGAGCUAUCUCAAAGCUGUCAAGGAUAUGUUUCAAGACAAGAAAGACAAGUACGACACUUUCCUUGCACUCAUGAAGGACUUUAAAGCCCAGAGAGUUAACACUGAUGGCGUCAUUGCAAGCGUAAAAGAGUUGUUCAAGGGCUAUGACGACUUGCUUUUGGGUUUUAAUACCUUCUUGCCUAAGGGUUACAGAAUAACCCUUCCUGAGAAGAAGCCUGUGGCUUUUGGAGAAGCUAUCGAUUUUGUUAACAAGAUCAAGGCGCGGUUUGGGGAUGAUAACCGUGCGUAUAAAAGAUUCCUGGACAUCUUGAACAUGUAUAGAAAGGAAGGCAAGUCCAUCUCCUCUGUCUAUCAAGAGGUUACUCUGUUGUUCCAGGGCCAUGAAGAUCUGCUUGCUGAGUUUGUUAAUUUCUUACCUAAUAAUUCAGGAUCAGGUUCGGGAAGCAGUGCAGUACCGCAUGAUAGAAGUUCUUCACUUCAUCCAAUGCAUUUUAACAAGAAAAUAAAAAUUGGAAGUAGGCUUGAUGAGUAUACCGCUCACUCUGAUCAACGAGAAGAUGGUGAUGAGAAUCUUGUGGCUGCUGGUAAUUCUCGGGGAAAAUCCCUUAAUCAAGGUCAAUGGCCGCCGGGAGAAGACAACGAGGAUGUAGUCUUUGGCCAGAAAAAUAAUAUGGUCAAGGGUAUAAAUGAACUGGAUCUUACUGACUGUGUACAAUGUACACCAAGCUAUCGUCACCUGCCAGAUGAUUAUCCCAUUCCUAUUUCAAGCUACAGAAAUUCACUAGGUGAAAAGGUACUCAAUGAUCAUUGGGUUUCUGUCACAUCGGGGAGUGAGGAUUACUCAUUCAAACACAUGCGUAAAAACCAGUAUGAAGAAAGCUUGUUUCGGUGUGAAGAUGACAGGUUUGAGUUGGAUAUGUUAUUAGAGUCUGUGAAUGCAGCAAUUAAGCGUGUGGAAACUCUUCUGGAGAAGAUCAACAACAACACAAUCUCUACACCAAUUUGUAUCAAAGAACACUUAUCAGUGCUGAACCUAAGAUGCAUUGAGCGGUUGUACGGGGAUUAUGGGCUUGACGUUAUGGAAAUUCUGAAGAAGAAUUCUCAUAUCGCCUUGCCAGUGAUACUAACUCGCUUGAAGCAGAAACAAGAAGAAUGGGCUAGGUGUCGCUUUGAUUUCAGGAAAGUAUGGGCUGAUGUAUAUGCUAAGAAUCAUCACAAAUCACUAGAUCACCGUAGCUUUUAUUUUAAGCAGCAGGACUCCAAGAAUCUGAGCACAAAAGGUUUAGUGGCAGAAAUAAAAGAUAUCAGUGAUGGAAAGCAUAAAGAAGACCCGCUUCAUGCCAUUUCUGUCGGAACUAAGCCCUCUUUCACCCCAGACUUGGAGUUCAGUUAUUCCGAUACUCAAGUUCAUGCUGACUUAUACCAACUAAUCAAGUAUUACUGCGAAGAAAUAUGUGCUACUGAACAGUCAGAUAAAGUAAUGAAGCUGUGGGUAGCCUUUUUAGAGCCCAUGUUUGGCGUUCCUUCUAGGUCUCAAACUAGUGAGGCAAUGAUCGAUGUGGCCAAGUCUAAAGACAACCAAGAGCAGCAUGAUGCAUGUGAGGCAGUGAAGGACAGCACCUGUAACGUUUCUCUUGUCUCAAACCUAAAACUUAUAACACCUCCAACAACACCUAACAAAGAAAACCCAACAGUACAAGGGAGCUCUGUCGCACAAGAAACCAUUCAGCAAGAUAAACUGCAUGUUGGCGCAGCUAUGAAUAUUAAGGAUACCCAGCCGGUGGCACCACCCAGAAAGGAUUUGUUAAUGGAGGGUGUAGAGAAUCGUACUGAUGUAAUAAUGGGAGAUCAGAAGGUCGAGCGAGAAGAGGGUGAGUUAUCCCCCACCGAAAGUUUUGAGCAAGACAAUUAUGAGGUUUAUAGAGACAAUGGCGUUGAGUGUCUUCAGAAACUGCCAGACAAUGUAGGAAAUAAUAAAGAGCAAGAGCACAAAGGAGGUGCAGUCUGUACUGAAGCCAAAGCAAAGAGCAAUACUCUCCCUAAAGAUGAUGAAAAUAAAAUCACUCACGCCUCAGGAAGCAAAUGUGGUGGCCAAGUUUCUUCCGAUGAAGAGCAUAAAGGAGCUAUGAACUGUGACCGGCUUUGCAGUGUGAUUGAGAGUGAAAACGAGGCUGUAGGGAUGAUUAAUGCCAAUGAGAGUGAAGAUGGAUCUCUCACAUUUUCAGAACGGUAUCUGCAACCUGUAAAGCCCCUUGCAAAGCAUGUGCCUGGAGCACUACAAGUCAGUGAAAGUAACUCUCCGAAUGAUUCUCGAGUUUUCUAUGGGAAUGAUUCCUUUUAUGUGCUUUUUAGGCUGCAUCAAAUGUUGUACGAGAGAAUACAAUCUGCAAAGAUACAUUCAGAGAGGAAAUGGAAAGCUCCAGAUCCAGAUAACACAUCUCCUGAUUCUUAUACCAGGUUCAUGGAUGCUCUCUACAAUUUACUUGACGGCUCGAGUGAUAAUACAAAGUUUGAAGAUGAAUGCCGAGCUCUUAUUGGAGCACAAUCAUAUGUUCUCUUCACAUUGGACAAGCUAGUUCAGAAGUUUGUCAAGCAUCUUCAUUCAGUUGCAGCUGAUGAUACAGACACCAAGCUACUGCAACUAUACACAUAUGAGAACUACAGAAAACCGGGAAGGUUCUUUGAUAUAGUGUACCAUGAGAAUGCGCGAGCCCUUCUCCAUGAGCAGAACAUAUACCGGAUUGAAUAUUCAUCUGCACAAACCCGUCUCGCGAUUCAACUUAUGAACAACGGGAACGAUCAUCAGCCUGAAGUUACAGCUGUAACGGUGGAACCAGGUUUUGCAAAUUAUCUACAGAAUGACUUUCUUUCGCUUGUACCUGAUGAAGAAAGACCUGGUCUAUUUCUGAAGAGGAACAUGGCGAAAAUGAGCGGUCCAGAUGAAUCUUCAGGGAUGUUGCGUGCAAUGGAAGGACUGAAGAUUAUCAAUGAGGUCGAGUGCAAGAUGGCUUGCAGUUCUUCCAAGGUCAAGUAUGAACCAAACACAUCAGAUCUUCUGUAUAGAAGCAAGCAGAGGAAACCAAAAGUGAAUCCAGAUGGGCUUGACAAUGAUAAAAAUCCUGGUAGCAGUGAAACCUCGAGAAAGCGAAGAAUAUCGCGUUUUCACAUGUGUCUGAACCGUAGACUUGCUGCCUUGCCUUUACAACGCGGCUUCAAGCACGUGUGAAAGUUCUUGGCUGAGAUAUGCAAGUAUUGAGUUAGUGGUAGAGACUAGAGACCGACCAAACUGUCUUUGACAAAGAUUCUUGCAUCAUUUCUGGCUCAAAGAGAUUCUUCACAUGUCAACCGUAAAUUUUUAUUUUUCCUAAAGAUUGCGUCUGGAGCCGCCAGUUUUGGUGUAUAGUGUAAGAUUAUUACAUAUACCAGACAAUGCUAAAGUGGGAGACUUUUAAUU